GUUCUCAAAUCCAGGCAGUCCCAACCUGACCUCCAAGCACCAAGGAACCCCUGACUGGGAAAUCUGGAGAGAGAAAUCACCAAAAAAGAAACAACAGAAAACUUUGUUUCAUUAUUUUUGGCGAAGUGUUCACACUGUAGCCCCCACCCCCUCCCCACCUCCCUCCACACCACCACGUCCACACCGGUUUGGCGCGUCAUUUGGACUAUAUAUUUUUCCUGGAGGAGAGACAUUUACGGGAAGAAGGAAAAUAGCUGGUGCACUACCACCACCUCCUCCUGUCCCACCCAUGUUGUAGUUUCUUCGUUCUUCGUUUCUUCCAGUUGCCUUUGCGCUCUGGCGAGGAGGUGAUCUGAAUCUCUGGGGUUGUGUUGUGGUUUUGUGUGCCUCUCUCAGAGUCUCAGAGCCCAUUUGGAUGCGCUGAGAGAGCGGGGCGCAGCGCUGCAGUACAGUAUAUGGAAGUUGUGGGCUGCAAGACAGAGGCAGGCAGUUGCACGUUGCGUCCAGGACCGGGAGCCAUGCUUUUCCACGGGAUCUCCGGGGAUCACAUCCAAGGGAUCAUGGAGGAGAUGGAGAGAAGGUCGAAAACGGAUUCGCGUCUGGCUAAGGGCAUACAGCUCAACGGGAGAGAGUCGACCAUGCCUUCCAUGAGCCCGGAGAAGCCUGCUCUGUGUGCCGGCUGUGGCGGCAAGAUUUCGGAUAGAUACUACCUCCUGGCCGUGGACAAACAGUGGCACCUCCGGUGCCUCAAAUGCUGUGAAUGUAAACUAGCGCUGGAAUCGGAGCUAACGUGUUUUGCCAAGGAUGGGAGUAUUUAUUGCAAGGAUGAUUACUACAGGUUCUCCGUGCAGAGGUGCGCGCGCUGCCACCUCGGCAUAUCGGCCUCAGAGAUGGUGAUGCGGGCGCGCGACUCCGUGUACCACCUGAGUUGCUUCACGUGCACCACCUGCAACAAGACGCUGACCACGGGCGACCACUUCGGCAUGAAGGACAGCCUGGUGUACUGCCGGCUCCACUUCGAGACGCUGGUGCAGGGACCGGACUACCACCAACAGCUCAACUUCGCUGAGCUGGCGGCGAAGGGCGGCGGCCUCUCCCUACCUUACUUCAACGGCACCGGUACGGCACAGAAGGGAAGGCCGCGCAAGAGGAAGAGUCCGGCCAUGGGGAUAGAUAUACCCAGCUACAACACAGGCUGUAACGAGAACGACACCGACCACUUGGACCGGGACCAGCAGGCCUACGCUCCGACUCAGAAGACCAAACGCAUGCGGACCUCCUUUAAGCACCACCAGCUGCGGACAAUGAAAUCCUACUUUGCCAUCAACCACAACCCAGAUGCCAAGGACUUAAAGCAGCUGGCCCAGAAGACAGGCCUCACUAAGAGAGUUCUACAGGUUUGGUUCCAAAACGCAAGAGCCAAAUUCAGAAGGAACGUUUUGCGACAGGAGAAUGGAGGUGUUGAUAAGGCUGAUGGCACCUCACUCCCUCCACCCUCAUCUGACAGUGGGGCCCUGAGCCCCCCCUCCAGCGCGGCCACACUAACAGACCUGACAAACCCCUCUAUCACUGUAGUGACCUCCGUCACCUCUAGUUUGGACAGCCAUGAUUCGGGGAGCCCUUCGCAAACUACCUUGACAAACCUUUUCUAACACGCUAUCCCUAGCAGACUGUUUUUUUUUUUUUUGUUUUUAAAUCUGAUUUUUAUUUUGUUGUUUUUAUUUCAUUUUGUUUUCUCAAUUUACAUUUUAUUUUUUUAAGUGACACCUUUAAAUCUACCAGAGACAGCUCCUUGGAACAGAAAGUGCUGUACUGUGUACACAAACAAGAACAACAAGAGCAAGAACAGAAGCGACCACAUUAAAACACAAGGAAAUCAUUUUAAUGUGUAGCAUUUGAAACAACAUGGCAGCCUUGUCUGUAGUUGACUUACAGUAUGCAGAGAUUGAUUUUGGACGGGACAUUUUUGAAGUUGAAGGCAUUAGAAAAUUGUCAUGGAUCCCACAAAUCAUCGGGAAAAAAAACUAAACUUGAAGCUUGUCUGGAAAACUAGAUUUUUACUCUUUAUUUGUACAUUUGUAUGGAAUUAUGAUUAAAAAAAGCCCUUCUUAAUUUAUGCUUAAUUGGUCAAUUUAAAAAAAAAAAUGAAUAUUUUGCCCUUGGUAACCUGUAUAUGUAUGCACUGUGUUCGCACUAUCCAAUUUAAAUAUAUUUUUUUUCUGUUUUGGAAUAAUUUGGGAAGUAAACUUGUAGAAUGUUCUGUAUAUGGGUAACCCCAGAAAACAGGCUUUAAUUAUUUCCGAAUGUUUCAGUCUUUAAGACUGAAGAAGUAAAUCGUCUAAACUGCAUUUUAAGCACCUAACCAUUGCAGCUUAUAUGGCAGGUAGAUGCUGAAACAACAUCUGUUUUAUGUCUUGAUUUACAAAUCUACUGUGAUAAAGAGAAAGAAGCUAAUCCUACAAUCUGUACAGUGGUAACUGUUCAACAUGUAAUGCAGUCACAUUGAUAGAAAUGGUUUGAUAAUUAGAAAUUGGAGAACAGUUUAUGCACGCUGUUGCAAUCGAUUGUUUUCAUGACAGAGCACUUUUUCCGAUUUGUUGGCCUCAUAGAUGAAACCGUCGUCAAAUGGAUAAAUCCUAGAUAACAUAUCCAUUGAUCCACAGCUAAACUCAAUUGCACAGUGACAAUAUACUGCCCAGUGAAAAGUGCAUUAUUGUUUUUAUCAUGUUGCUCAGGUUAACGAUGUGAUUUAAAAAAGGGAAAAGGAGUAGGUGUGAGAAAUUAAGUGGUUGCGACGUUUCAGACUAGAUUUGUAGAGCUGACAUGAACAUUCAAAUGUCCUCCGAAAGGUGGAGUCGUAACAGGCAGCCAGUGGGAAAUCAUUGUCCAUGUGUUCUCCUCUUUGGCCAUAUUUAUACUUUCUUUAAUCACACUUGCCACUGAACAGACCAAAAACAUGUUUCUUCUGGCUGAAAGAUAGAGAGAAAAGAAAGAGCAAAUCUUCAACGGCGUCGAUACAUUUCAUUGUGAGCGUCACAAUUUGUUCUAUUGUAGAACAAAGUGGUACUCUAGAUCUACUUAAUGAAGUAGAUGCCUAACUCAGUUCUACUAUGUGCCUUAUGCUAUAACUUGGGAGAAAGUUUGUGAAAUUCAGGAUAUAUGUGUUCUUUGUUAACUGAUUCACAUCCUUUUGACGCCUCACUAGUUUUGUACUGUUUUGCAUCUUAUUUCCGAAGAUCUUUUUAUGGUGUAUCCUGUUAAAAAGGGGGCAGCGAUGUCAUAGAAAGCAUUUGUGCACUCUUUCAGAUAUAGUUGGGUAAUCCAAGAACCUUAUAUAUUGAUCUUCGUGUUAAUAGUUGAGUACAGUAAGUGUUCUAUCAAGAUUGUCCAUGUUUCCCUGUUUCUUGAUAAAGAUGGUGUAUAGAAACUAUUUCCCCUUAAAUAUUUAUGGACCAAACGGUUGUUAUAUAUCUUAUUAAAUUUGUGUGAAUAAAAUACUUUGCUUUAAA